AUGGAAGACGAGGUGAUAUCAACUCCUUCUUACCGCAUUUUCCGAGACAAACAUGGAAUCCCGCAAUUUGAUCCGAAGAGAGGAACGCGCGCUCUAAAAGACGCACUUGUAUACAGCUUCCCAACCCUUGAGACUGAGUUGCAGUUGAUGCAAGCAGCACUUCAGAGAUUUUUUGACUCCGAGAAAAGAGGAAGUGGCAAUUUCGUCUGCGAAUUACCAGAAAACAAUUUGCAGGCAAGUUUGGUGGUGAGGAAGGGAGAUGAGAUUGCCCCGUUGCCUACCGCUGGCGCGUUCUUGAAGAGCUGGAAAGUGGCUCUUGCACCACAAAGAUCCAGAGGGUCGUCAAGAACCCCAUCACUUACGUCUCGAGCAACUUCGAGGUCAAGAGCAUCGUCGAGAUGUUCGACACCUAGUUUGGCUCCGGAGCCUAAUUUCGAGGUCGGUGGCACUAUGUCAACAUGGCAGCUGUGUAAUGGCGAGGCAAUUGAGAAAAAGAAGAGACAGCCGUAUGAUCCUGUCAAACGGAGAAAAGUCGCGGAGAAUCGAGGAAAUGCUUGCGAUAAGCAUCGCUCUCAAAAAUCGACUUGCGACCCACAGACAUGCCCCCAGAACAAGCUUUAUUCAAGAAUCUCUGGUCAACAGAAGGUGCCUGAUAUCACUGAUGUUUCCCAAGGGGCCUUGAUGGGAGCCAGUGAACCAUCAAUUGAUUUAAUGGGUGCAAACUUUGAUUUCAGUGCCAUGGAAGACCUCCCUUGGCUUGCAGCGGAGGACAACAGCUCGCUGCUGGACCUCAGCUCGUCCAUUACUACUGCUGGUUCUGCAUCUUGGACUGAUAGCCCGCUCGGUAGCGACACCUCCCUUCAAUCUUAUCUGUCAAAUCCAAUUGAGGAUACACCAAUCUUGUCUGCGACUGCUCUGUUGCACACAAUUCACUCUUCAAAGCCCACCAAUUCGAACGUGCUUGUAAGCGAGCAAUCUUCAACCUCCACAACCAAUGCAGCCAAAAGCUCAGAAAGCUCGCUAUGGCCCAAUAUUGAUGAAAGCCCAACUGGAGUUGAGUGUGGGGAGAACCCAUUCAUGGGCUGGGCCGACAAACGAGCACAUCAGACCAUCGAAGAAGGUCGUAUUACCCCAAACGGACGCAGCCCCUACGUAAGAGCUGCGGGUGUUAUCCGUCUUUGGGACGUUAGCCAAGAUACAUUGAGCCAGCAUCACGUAUUGAACCCCGGUGAUUCUGAGUUCGUGGCGUAG